CUCUCUCUGCCUCACCUCACACACUCAUCCACAAGCUCCAUUUCUUGCAAGGCUGGUCACUCUCUUCUCUUGCUGCUGCAAGAGCAAGCCAAGAAGCACACCAAGCUAAGCUAAGGCCAUGGGGAAGGACGACGUGAUUGAGAGCGGCGCUGGCGGCGAGUUCGCGGCCAAGGACUACACGGACCCGCCGCCGGCGCCGCUGAUCGACGCGGCGGAGCUGGGGUCGUGGUCGCUCUACCGCGCCGUCAUCGCCGAGUUCAUCGCCACGCUGCUGUUCCUCUACAUCACGGUGGCCACCGUCAUCGGCUACAAGCAUCAGACGGACGCGUCGGCGUCGGGCCCCGAUGCGGCGUGCGGCGGCGUGGGCAUCCUAGGCAUCGCGUGGGCGUUCGGCGGCAUGAUCUUCGUCCUCGUCUACUGCACCGCCGGCAUCUCGGGGGGGCACAUCAACCCGGCUGUCACCUUCGGCCUUUUCCUGGCGCGCAAGGUGUCCCUGGUGCGCGCGCUGCUGUACAUGAUCGCGCAGUGCCUCGGCGCCAUGUGCGGCGUCGGGCUCGUCAAGGCGUUCCAGAGCGCCUACUUCGUCAGGUACGGCGGCGGCGCCAACGAGCUGUCCUCCGGCUACUCCAGAGGCACCGGGCUCGCCGCCGAGAUCAUCGGCACCUUCGUGCUCGUGUACACCGUCUUCUCCGCCACCGACCCCAAGCGCAGCGCCCGCGACUCCCACGUUCCGGUCUUGGCGCCCCUUCCCAUCGGCUUCGCCGUGUUCAUGGUCCACUUGGCCACCAUCCCGAUCACCGGCACCGGCAUCAACCCGGCCCGGAGCCUGGGAGCUGCCGUCAUCUACAACAAUGACAAGGCCUGGAAUGACCAGUGGAUCUUCUGGGUCGGCCCCCUCGUCGGCGCGGCCAUCGCGGCGUUCUACCACCAGUACAUCCUCAGGGCCGGCGCCAUCAAGGCCCUCGGCUCCUUCAGGAGCAACGCAUAAUCAGAGUGUAUUGUUGAAGCAAUGGCGACUUGUGUCUGUCAAGGGAGAACUUGUGUUGUUUCAGCAGCUGCCUGCCACCGUAUUUGGCUUCCUGUAAUCAUCACGUGUCACUGUAAUCUGUCAAGGGGAUUUCAUCAUCUCUAGCAUGUGUUUCCACUAUUUAAUUAUGUAGCGACGAUGAUUCAGUCUGUGGAGUGAUUCAGUUUUAAGCAUUUGCUCUUGCUCGUCUA